AUGUAUUUCUUUGAAAACAUACAAUUUUCAUAUGGCAUAACAUAUAUGUCUGAUCCAAAACCAGUUUUAAAUAAGAAAAUUUCUAAUAAUGGAAUACUAAAACAAGAUUUGAAAUGCACAAGCAUUGUUGAACUUAAAUUACCCGAUGAAUUACAGUUUUAUCAGGAUAUUGAUGAUUUGAUUCGCAACCAAACAGCAGAAAACAUAGAAGAAACCUUCAACAAACUCAAAGGUAUCACUGAGGUACGUGAAGAUUUCAUUUAUUACAUCUUUAACGUAAUUCAUUAUUAUACUUUUCUCAGAGCAGAUGAACACAAGUAUGAUACUCUAGUAAACCUCCUAUCUACAAUUCAAAAGCCAGAAUAUGACAAUAAUUUCAGUACUCUCUUUGAAAGUGAAACAAUAUCAAAAUCAAUUCGUCAUCAAUUACGUGAUGAUAAUAUUGAAAGUGCAAAGCAUCUCCAAGCAAAUCGAGGGACGAAGAAAUAG